AUGAUUUAUCGAGAAGUAUUGGAUGCGGUCUCGAGUGAAGAAGGAGGUGUAUUUUUCGUUUACGGCUAUGGAGGGACGGGUAAAACAUAUGUUUGGAAAACAUUAUGUGCUGCAAUAAGAAAGAAGGGUGAAAUUAUAUUGCCAGUAGCUUCGAGUGGAAUUGUUUCUCUCCUCCUUCCACGUGGAAGAACAACUCAUUCUAGAUUUGGUAUCCCUUUGAAUGUAAAUGAAAAUUCUACUUUCGUCGGAAUUCGCCCUGGGUCGGAAUUAGCUGCUCUUCUCAUUAAGACAAAACUUAUCAUUUGGGAUGAAGCUCCAAUGAUGCAUAAGUAUUGUUUUGAAGCACUUGAUAGAAGUUUGAGGGACAUAAUGAGGUCUGUUGAUAGGGAUAACUUGCAUCGACCAUUUGGAGGUAAAGUGAUAGUAUUAGGUGGUGAUCUCAGGCAGAUAUUACCAGUUGUACCAAAGGGAAGUAGGCAGGAUAUCGUGUUCACCACCGUUAAUUCGUCUUACUUAUGGGAUUCGUGUAAGGUCCUAAGACUUACUCGCAAUAUGAGAUUACAACCAGUCCACGAAAUAUACUCCACUGAAUUCCUCAAUACAAUAAAAUGCUCUGGUCUCCCAAAUCAUAGCAUACGAUUAAAGGUUGGUGCACCCGUUAUGCUUCAACGUAAUAUUGAUCAAACAUCUGGAUUAUGUAACGGCACGAGGUUAGUCGUCAAUCAUUUAGGUAACCGUGUUAUUGAAGCUACUGUUAUUUCCGGAAGUAAUGUGGGUGCAAAAGUUUUUAUCCCAAGAAUGAAAUUGACGCCGUCGGACUCCACUAAGUUUCCUAUCAGAUUUCAGAGAUGUCAAUUUCCUUUAAUGGUUUAUUUUGCUAUGACUAUAAAUAAAAGUCAAGGACAAUCUUUGUCUCAUGUAGGCCUGUAUCUCCCGAGACCUGUUUUUAGCCACGGCCAAUUUUAUGUUGCUGUUUCCAAAGUUACGAGCAAAAAAGAUUUUGAAUUUCCAAUUUCUCUUGGAUUAUUCUGUUUUUCCUCUCAUCAUCUUCGGCUCUCAACUGCUUGGUCACUAAGGGAACCAAAUCAAGUGCUAAUUCGUCGUCUUCUGUUUGUAACAGGUAAAUUUGCCUUCAUGCUUCUCUGGAAUGUAAGAAGAAUUGAAGAGUGGAGGAGUAAUCAAAUUGUAAAAGGUAGGGGAAGACCUAAGAUGACUUGGCUGAGGGUAAUUGAAAGUGAUAUGAGGUUACUUGGGAUUGAGGAGAGCAUGACGUUAGAUAGAAGUGGGUGGAGGGGCAGUAUCUAUGUGGAGGAAGGGGUGUGA